AUGUCAUUCUGGAGCUCCUAUCGUUCCCUAACGCCCAAGACAAGGGCUCUGUUUGGAGUCGGGAUGAUGGCCUGGGCGUCUAUUGGACUCUGGCUCUCGCCACAGGUGGAGAGCGCAAUGGGGAUGGUGCCUACGAAGGAGGAGCAGGAGGAUAUGGAACGCAAGUUGGCGUUCAAGGUUUCCAGGGUAGAUAAGGAUAGGAAUUGA